GAAUUCCUUGUCGGUGGCGAUGGCAGCUAUUAUUAUGCAUUCACAAUCCCUUUUAAUUGGACAAUAUGAAAUCUAUCUUGCUCAACUAAAUCCAAAUUUAUAGAAGAGAGAAGAAGGCAAGAACAACAAAGAGAAAAGGCAUAUCUUUGAGAUCUGAAAAUGUCUUCUCCGGUCGCUGGAAACAAGGUUUAUCCUGAAAACGGGGAGAUUGCGUCGGAGAAGAAGCCGUUGAAGAUCUUCAUUGGAUACGAUCCGCGAGAGGAUCUAGCAUACGAGGUCUGCCGUUAUUCCAUUCUCAAACGUUCUUCUAUUCCCGUUGAGAUCCAUCCGAUAAAGCAAUCUGAAUUACGUGAACAAGGCGUGUAUUGGCGGGAGAGGAACAAGCUUGAGAGCACAGAGUUCUCAUUCAGCCGAUUCUUAACCCCAUUCUUAGCAGGUUACGAUGGUUGGGCCAUGUUCGUCGACUGCGAUUUCCUUUACCUUGCAGACAUCAAACAACUCACGGAUCUAAUCGAUCCAAAAUUCGCUAUUAUGUGUGUCCACCAUGAUUAUACUCCAAAAGAAACCACGAAAAUGGAUGGUGCAGUUCAAACCCUUUAUCCAAGGAAGAAUUGGUCUUCAAUGGUGCUGUAUAACUGUGGGCAUCCCAAGAAUCAGACUCUUACUAAGGAAAUUGUGAAUAAGGAAUCGGGUGCUUUCCUUCAUAGGUUCCAAUGGCUGGAGGAUGAAGAAAUCGGAUCAAUUCCAUUUGUUUGGAACUUCCUUGUGGGUCACAACAAGAUUGAAGAUGAAACUUCUUCUCCAAAGGCAAUUCAUUAUACUCUUGGAGGACCCUGGUUUGAUGCUUGGAAAGACUGUGAAUUUGGGGAUCUGUGGAUCAAAGAAAUGGAAGAGUACAUGGAGAAGAAGAAGAACAUUGAUUGCAAUUAGAUUGCUUUAAUAAUUCAUUUCCUGUAAGUUGUUGGGGGAGAUCUGUAUCCACUUUUCUUGUGCUUGUAGGAAAGUCAUAUGUUAUUGCUUAAAAGUAAGUUUUGUUAUACAACCUCCUUAUUGAAAUUGUUCACUCAAAACCCAAAUAGCAUAACU